GCUGCAAGGUAGCAGAAAUACGCCUGGCGGUACCUGAUACUUCCCCAGACUCGCUAAAUCGCAAAUAAUUCUACUUAUCAAUAAUCAAAAUCAUGCAUUUUUUUACUAUAAAAAUUAAUGUCUCCUCCUAGGCUGUAUACUUAAUGGUCACCACUGAACAUCACUGACCACCAUAACGCGAUAUUUCAAUUCCGACCUUUCAAUGGCACACAACGCCGCGGUCACAUCGCCUCAUGUCGGGUGUGGAGCUUAUAUUUUCAACGUUAUGCAAUGCGACGUUUUGCGAAAACGAUCUUGGCAAUUCACUUACCGAUACAGAGUUAACAUUACGGCAAAAUGAAAUUCAGCAAAUGAAAAAUGCAAUCAAUGGAAAACACCUGAAAAUAGGCACGUACAAUAACUACCCGCUAAGUUGGACGGAGGGGUCAGACAAUGGCACAGUUAGCGGCCACGGGGUCGCGUUCGUUAUCGUCAACAUUCUGCGAGAGCAGUUCAACUUCACCUUCGAUGUGGUGGUUCCAGAACAGAAUGUCGAGUUGGGAGGGCGCCGACCUGAGGAUUCUUUGAUAGGACUGGUUAACAGCAGUAAGGUGGAUAUGGCAGCAGCAUUCUUACCAGUCCUCGUGAAGUUCAACAAGUUGGUGACGUUCUCCAACGACCUGGACGAGGGGGUGUGGAUGAUGAUGCUAAAACGUCCCAAGGAGUCAGCCGCCGGCUCUGGACUGCUGGCACCAUUCGCUACUUACGUUUGGUACUUGAUAUUAGCAGCAGUUCUAGUCUACGGCCCCUGUAUAUACCUCCUCACAUGGAUCCGGUCGAAGUUGAUCAAAGACGACGAACGCCCGAUACCUAUUUCACCGAGCGUUUGGUUUGUGUAUGGAGCUUUUAUCAAGCAAGGCACCACGCUGGCGCCUGAAGCAAAUACCACUCGUGUUCUGUUCGCAACAUGGUGGUUAUUCGUUAUACUGCUGUCUGCGUUCUACACAGCCAACCUGACCGCCUUCCUCACACUGUCCAAGUUCACGCUGGACAUAGAGAACCCUGAGGACUUGUACAAGAAGAACUAUCGUUGGGUCUCUGCUGACGGUGGUGCUGUACAGCAUACGAUUAUAAAUCCCGACGAAGACUUGUACUACCUAAGCAGAAUGCUGGCAAACGGUCGCGCACAGUUCCGUUCGUUGUCAGACGACCACGAAUUCCUGCCCAUGGUCUCUGGUGGAGCGGUGCUAGUGAAGGAGCAGACCGCUAUAGACAACCUCAUGUACAAUGAUUACCUGCGCAAGACCAGGGAAGGAGUUGAGGAAGCGGAGAGGUGUACGUACGUCGUCGCUCCGAAUGCCUUCAUGAAGAGGCGACGGGCUUUUGCGUACCCUAAGAACAGCACUCUCAAGAUAUUGUUUGAUACAGUGCUCUCUUAUCUCAUACAAUCGGGCAUAGUGAAGUUCCUGGAGCACCGUGAUUUGCCAAGCACCAAGAUCUGCCCGCUCGACCUGCAGUCCAAAGACAGGCAGCUCCGGAACAGCGAUCUCAUGAUGACUUACUUCAUCAUGAUCACAGGAUUGUCGGCAGCCAUUGCUGUUUUUAUUGGAGAAGUUGUCUUCAAACGGUACAUAAAAGUGGAAGUAAAGUUAGAAGACAAGGGAAGGAAAAUGAGAAGACGCAAGAACAAAGGCAUCAAACCAGAGAAAUACGACAGUAGCCGCCCUCCUCCAUACGACUCGUUGUUCGGAAACAAUCGGUACAGAUUCAACGAGGAAACCAAAAAGAAGAUAAUAAACGGCAGAGAAUAUUACGUGGUGAAUACAGUAGCUGGAGACGUGCGAUUGAUACCAGUUAGAACGCCAUCUGCAUUUCUCUACAGUUAACUAUGAUGAUGAGAGUAUACUAAGUAUACUAAAGUGGGCGGAUAAUUGUGCCUCUGAGUAUAAAAACGGCCGAGUGGAAUUUAUUUCUGCAUCCAAAGCCUAGGAGCCUAGCCUAAUUCAUCAAUUCAUUAACUGUCUUAGUACCUACCCAUAACGCGAGAGAAUCGCGGCGAUAUCGUCCUGCUACAUAUCUAUAUUUACUCUCUAUGAACGCGUCUCCACACAGCGACGACAUGGCAGCGAUACAACGAGGGGCAAUGCGUAACGUCGACGUAUCGCGGCGGUAUCGUCGCACGCUCGCUGCAGAACGCAACGCUCUCGCAGCGAGCGCACUGAUAAACGCAGCGUCAAAGCAUAACGCAUCGAAGGAAAUGGAUAAUCGCACGCUUGUGAUGACUCGACGAUAGAAGCGCGGACCCGUCGCGAUUCUCUCGCUCGUGGAGAUAGCGCCUUUGCUAGAUAGCGAUAUGUGUAUUGUCCAUAUAGUUAACUAAGUAUUACUAGAAUGAUACUUGGACUAAAACAUUUGCGUGGCACCAUCAUGAAAUAUAGGUAUGUUUUAUUCACAAUACACACUACUUAACAAAUAUUUCAGUGCGUGUAGAUUUAUCUGCGAUUG